AUGAUGUUGGAAAAACAUUACUUGUUAGAGCAUAAUACAUCAAGUAGUCGUCACAAUUUGAGGUGGGAACUUAGAUACAAGUUGGCAAUGGCUAAAGAUAGGAACAACACUUUUACAACAAAUAAUAAUUGCAACAACAAAAUGAGCACAAAAAAUAUUAACAAUCAUUGUAAAUCAACGACUGUUGAAUCAAUUAACGUUAAAAUCAAUCAUCUAUUCUUUAUUGUUAUAGUUUACAAUGAAUUGAUAUUAUUUUUACCAAUAGAUAAACUAUUCAGCUCAUCAUGGUGA